UCCUCCCUUUUCUCUUUACUUUCUGCUUUCUAUUAUUACAUUUGAAAGGCCUUAUUCUUGCAUAGAGAAAUCUAGGCAUUCGCUAACAGAUCUUUCGCAAGGAUAUCAUGAUACUGUUCAUUUCGUUGUUUAGUCUAAGGGUUUUUAGUUUGGCCAUGCUGAAACGAAGUGCUAUAGGGUAAAGUACCGCCAAGGCGAAAGAGAAUGCUGAUAGGGAAAACGCCCGCUAAACGCAGUUAGUAGGAGUAAGCUCUGCCAAACAUCCAUACCCUAGGCAAUGAAUAACAGUAUUAUACUAUAUCUUCAAAUGCUAAACCAUUAGAACAGGCCUCAUAUAAAAGAAGAAAUAAGAGUGAAGAAAGAAAAUGGGAGAGGGAGGGUGUGUCUUUGCAAACCUUACUGUGUCUAAAAGAUCAAGCGUCUUUAAAAACUUCUGACUUUAAAUCCUGCAGGAUAGAAGGAGGGUCAUUACUCAACUCAUAACAUGAGUGAGACUCGAUAUUCUCUCACGCAACAGUUUGCAUUUGUAAACAUCAAACUUUUCAAGCUUCAAAACAUGGAACUAAAGGUUCAAAAGUGAGCCACUUUAGUUCCUGGUCAGGAGAAAUAAAUAAUGACCAAUUCAGAUGUCUAUAGCUAGAAUACCAAACAGAAAAGGAAUAGAUAGGCACCAGACUUUCUCCAUGCCAGUUUCAGAGUUGAACAUCAGUUAUCAGCCUAAGAACACUAAGAAGCUGCUGAAUAAGCCAAACAUUAUUGAAGCUUUUAUGCAAUGCACUACUACACUCUUAAACCAUUAAAUCGAGUAAUAUGUCAAUGAAUUGCACAUAUACACAUUGGCGAAUGAUAAAUUAGCAAGGAACAUUUUAUCAAUGAAAUACACAUUCACACAAACAUGCAAGCACAUAUUAGUUCCCCAAGGCAAUAUAUAUAAUCUGCAGUGAUUAGCUUUUUCAAGACAUUAUCUACAGAUCAAAUGAUAAUAGAGCACAUGUGACAUAUUCAAGAAGAACCAACUGAAGAAAAUUGAUGACUGAACUAACUGCAUCAUUUUCUCAAAAACAAUCAGAAAGUUUCUCCAAAUACCAAACUAGAUAAAGAAUAUUAUCAUAAUAAGUUGGCUCCAAACAUCAUAUCCAGGAAAGAUAAAGUAACUUGUGAAAUGGAAAUCUGAGAAGCAAGAAUACACACAAACAUAAUCACAGCCGCCAAUUGGCAAAACAGUACUUUUUGCAAUUUAAUUUACAAACAAGUAGACAAACAUUUUUAGAAAUUAUGUCAAAUCUUAAGAGACAAAAAAGGGAAAACGAAUUACAUAUGUAAAAAAAACUUUUUAAAAAGAUUGACAGGUAAACAAAGAAAUCGUGAGUUAUCUAAUAAUUUUCUUGCAAAAAAAUGACAAAUAAUUCAUAAAAAUUCCUUAAGUUGUAAACCAUGACAGGUACAUAUAUGUGUGUGUGUUUCUCCAGAAUAUGACAAGUGACAUUUAUUUUUGGGUGAUAUUUUGAUAAUAUUGCAUUAUUUUCCUAAUCAUAUCAUUUGGAGAUCUUUUAAUAAUAAAAACGUGAUAGUUUAAAAAUUCAAACUAUUGUUGAUAGGUUAGCAUAAACUCAUGCACAAAGAGAGGAGGGAGGGGAGAGAGAUCGCUAAUUUACACACAUAAAACAACAAGAAUACAUCACUCGUGUGCUCUGGUUCUCAUUUCUUCAGGUCAUUUGCAAGUCUCUGCAGCAACAACGAUAUUUAAUUCACGUCCACAAAAUAUCUAGCUGUUCAUAUGAUAUUGCGCUUCUGAAGCAUCAAAAAGAUCCACAAACUGCACAAAGCCAAAGACACCAGGUUCUCUACACAGAGAAAAAAUUCAACUAGAUAGAUAGAUAGAUAGACAGACAGACACAUUGAGAGAGAGGAGAGAGAGAAUGUGACAAUGAAAUGUACAGAAGACAACAAAGGAAGAGUCAAGAUAUAGCAUAUGCAUAUGACAUAGUGUUAUUUUCUCUAAAACCUUUAACAACACUUCCAAUGUACAGAAGACAACAAAGGAAGAGUCAAGAUAUAGCAUAUGACAUAUGACAUAGUGUUAUUUUCUCUUGUGCUGGUGCCGUGUUUCUUGGUGUUGGGAUUGUGAUGGCCGAAGAGAUGACUUACAAGAUCGAUGCUGCCUUUGACUCGGGCAAUAAUACCAAGAGCGAGAACUUGCCUGUUCAAGUCACCUCCAUUCGGCUGAGCAAAGACAACUAUCUCUCUUGGUCUGCUGCACUUGAAAUAGGGAUUACCAGUCGCGGUCGCCUUCCCUAUAUCACUGGGGAGAAAACGGAUCCACAAUGGGCGACGUGGGCGUUGGAAGAUAGCCAAGUGAAAGUAUGGAUCAUUAGUUCUGUUUCCGCUGAUAUUCAGCCUCUGAUCUUACGUAAGUUGACUGCUUAUGACAUGUGGACUGUGCUUGCACGGAUGUAUGGCCGUAAGAAGAGAGUCUUGCGCACGUACCAAAUCAAACGUGGCAUCUACUCCCUCAAAUAGGGUGACUUGUCUGUGGCAUCCUUCUUUGCAGCCCUGAAGACUAAAUGGGAGGAACUAGACUAUCAUGUGAAUGAUGACUGGCAUUGUGGUUCUGAUCAUGCCUUGUACUGGGAAAAAGAAUGGAUGGACCGGACUUUUAUUUUCCUUGGAGGAUUACGUGAUGAAUUUGAAUCUAUUAGGAGCCAAAUUCUCAAUUGUGACGAGAUUCCUGGGAUUGAGGAGGUGUAUGCCAGGGUAGAAUCUGAGGAACAACGUCGCCAAGUCAUGCAUAUUGACUCCAGCCAAGGGAGUUCUCCCUCAGCGUUUGUUAGCCGUGCCUCAGGGACUGGACAACGUCCUAUUCGGCGUUGUAGUCAUUGUAACAAGUUGGGGCAUUCUGUGGAUUUCUGUUGGGAUAUUCAUCCUGAGAAGAGACUUGUUCGUGGUCGUCCUCCUUCUAGUCGGCGAGGGUCUUCUGUGCCUAACUCUAGUCAGGGUAGUUCGUCAAAUGUUGAAAAAUCAAAGCUUUCCUCUGAUCAAAUCAAGGAAUUGCAAGCUUAUAUCAGCCGGCUUUCUACUACACAAGAGGAAACUUCCACGACCGAGGGAGCUAAGUUAGCUCAAGCUCUUGUGGCCAAAAGUGAUCAAGGACUUGGUGACGGGGAAGAAGAUUGGGAUUGGUUCGGUUAUUGAUGGACUCUACAGACUACCCGUGCAAGUUGCGUCUGCCUUGAUUUCAGCCACUAGUGGACCGUUGUCAGGUGUGGAAGACAGGUCUACCAUUAUGCGAUGGCACGAGCGUCUUGGACAUCUCCCAUUCCAGUUGAUCAAGAAGUUGUUUCCUAGGCUUUUUACUUUUGUUUCCAUUGACUCCUUCACAUGUGAAGUGUGUCAGUUGGCUAAGCAUGUAAGGGCUUCGUACCCUAUUUCUUUCAAUAAAACCACCCGUCCAUUUGCUUUGGUU